UAGUUUAUCAAUUCAUUAAUCAACUAAAUUAUUAGAAUAUUUAUAAAAUGGGAUAUGUAUUAAUAUUGAAUAACGAACAAUUUGAUAUUCAAAAUAAAUCAGAACGUAAAAACAGCAAAAAAGAUGUAUUGGCUUUGAAAAAUGUUUUUUAUAAAUUUAAUUGUAGCGUAAAAAUUGUAAUGAAUCCAACAUUAAAAGAUAUACAUGACAAUUUAAAUGAAUUGCUUAUAGAAAACCUUAAACAAGCAUCUUGUCUAGUUGUUGUACUAAUGACACAUGGAUUGGAAAACGAUCAUGCCUAUGCCAAAGACAAAAUUUACAAUAUUGGAGAUGAGAUAUUAAAAUCCAAAUCUUUUCAAGAUUUUAAAGAUUUACCCAAAAUAUUAAUUAUACAAGCCUGUAAAAAUGAAGAUAAAGAUUUUAAGGCAAGUUGCGAACAUACAAAACCUAAAGUCUACAAUACUUUUCGUUACAACAGUUGCUUUGAAGGUGGGAAAUCACUUCGAGCCGAUGGAGGAACAUUAUUUAUACAAACACUUUACAACAAUUUAAACAAUUACGGUCUUGAUGAAGACAUUGAGAGUAUAGCUAAACGAGUUAAUAGAGAGUUUGAAAACGAAUACAAGGAUUAUAAACAAAAUCCAACAAUUCUUAAGUAUAAUGGAGGAUUUGAUAAAUUUUGUUUUGGUAACAAUGUUAAGAAGACGUUUUGUUUAAAAGAAAACGUCAGUAAAAGUUUCGUUGUAGGAUAAAAAUAAAAGUUAAACUUGAUCAUGUUUUUUUAUUAAUGAUGAAUAUUUUUAUAAUUACAAAUAAAAUGAAGAUGUUUUCAAUUUGAA